AUGGAUCCUGAGGAGACCGCCUCGGAUCUAUCUGGGGAUGAGGGGGAAGCCCCGACGUUGAAGGCAACCGACAAACAUAGAACCCGGAAUGCCAUGUUUAGCGCACUCCUUGAACAGCAUGUUGUUCAUGGCCCAAGCGACGGCUCUAGUAGGGCACAAAUCGUUCUCCCAGAUGCCGAACUCUCUACGGCCCGUUUAAUUGCAAACACCGAGUUGGGUGGUGGAACUUUGGACCCUCGCGAAUACCAAGUCGAGCUCUAUGAGAGGGCAAAAGCCCAGAACACAAUCGCGGUUCUCGAUACAGGCUCUGGGAAGACUUUAGUGGCUGUGCUCUUGAUUAAGCAUAUUAUCCAACUCGAGCUGAACGACCGCUCGAAUGGAAUGCGGCAUCGCGUAUCGUUCUUCUUGGUGGAUAGUGUUACCUUGGUUUUCCAACAGGCGGCAGUACUGAGAUGCAAUCUCAAUCAAAAGGUCGCUCAUUUUUACGGUGACCUAGGACCCGACCUGUGGGAUCAACAAAUAUGGGGCAAAUACCUUGAGCAGUACAUGGUGAUAGUAUGCACGGCAGAAAUUCUGAGCCAGGCCCUAUUGAACGGGCAUGUGAGAAUUGACCAGAUCAACCUCCUUAUCUUCGACGAAGCACAUCACGCCAAAAAAGAGCAUCCGUAUGCCCGUAUUAUUCGAGACUCAUACUUGAAGACGGAGCUUGAGAAACGUCCCAAAAUCUUUGGGAUGACUGCUUCACCAGUCGAUGCGAAGUGUGACAUAGCACGAGCAGCAACACAACUCGAGAUUCUAUUAGAUAGUCGCAUUGCAACAACAACAGAUCUCGCCCUCCUACGCCAUUUUGUGAACCGACCAAUCGAGGAAGAAUGGGUCUACGAGAAGCUUCCCCCGCCAUUUGAAACGGAUCUACAUGUCACUUUGAAGACUAAGUAUGGAGAUAUCCCUAUCCUUGAAAGCGCGUUUCGAUUUGCAUCAGUUGCAAGCUCAGAGUUAGGCGCCUGGUGCGCCGAUCAUGUAUGGGCGCUGGCGCUGGCGGACGAAGUACUCCCCAAGCUCGAGGGUAGCAUCAACAAAAACACCGAUUCCGAUCCUUUGGACUCUGAAAAGGCUACAGAGGAAAUCAAGCGAAUUCAAGAAGCCAACCAGCUCGUCAAGGAUUACAUUGAAAGACAGGCAUUCACACCGAAUGAUCUCAGCUCGAAAGUCGAACUUUUGAUUUCAAAGCUAAGAGAACAGUUCACAAAAUCGCCUGAUACCAAAUGCAUCGUAUUCACGGAACGGCGUAACACAGCCAAAGUAUUGUUACAGCUGUGUGAACGGCUGAACAUUCCGAAUCUCCGCCCUGAAGCCUUGGUCGGUGUGCGCAAAGGAGAUGCCCUAGGAAUGAAUUCCACGUUUCGUCGACAGUUUCUUGUUUUGGUCAAGUUUCGAAAAAGCGAGGUGAACUGCUUGUUUGCUACAUCAGUUGCAGAGGAAGGCCUUGACAUCCCGGACUGUAACCUGGUGAUCAGAUUCAAUCUUUAUGAUACAGUCAUUCAAUAUGUCCAAAGCCGCGGCCGUGCUCGCCGAAUUGAUUCAGUGUACGCGACCAUGAUCGAAAGCGGCAAUCGCAGUCACAGCAUGAGGUUACAAGAGGUGCGAAAAGCAGAGCAUCAAAUGAAAGCCUUUUGCUCUCAGCUGCCCGAUGAUCGAAAAUUGUUCGGAAGCGAGGACAAUCAGGGAGCACUUCUUCGCGAAGAAGUUAGGAAGAGAUCCUAUACUGUCGCAUCCACUGGAGCGAAACUAACAUACCGCCAUGCGAUUGGUGUUCUGGCACGAUUUGCCAGUUCAUUGCAAUACGAGAACGAGGUUUCAGCCAAGGUUUCCUACAUCGUCACGUCGGAGAAGGAAUCAUUCCGCUGUGAGAUAAUUUUGCCAGAGAAGUCGCCUGCUCGAGGAGUAAUUGGGCAUACAGAGUCAACAAAGUCUCUUGCGAAGCAAUCUGCUGCUUUUGACACAUGUCUGUUGCUUCGAAAACACCAUCUGCUGGAUGAUCAUUUCAACUCAAUAUACCACAAGCGCCUGCCAGCGAUGCGCAAUGCCAAAUUGGCCAUUACUUCAAAAAGGACUGACCAGUACAAAAUGCGUACCAAGCCCUCAAUCUGGGCCAGAGAACAAGGCACCAUUCCGUCACGCCUUUACGCGAAAAUUAUCCGUCUCAGCCCAUCGGCGCCUCUGACUCGAGUCCAUGGAAGCAUCAUCCUGUUAACACGAGAGCGAAUCCCACAAAUCCCAGCAUUCCCAGUUUUCCUGGAAGAAGAUAUCGAGACUAUCGUCCAGUGUACUUGUAUUAAUGGGUUCCUUGAGAUAUCUUCCCCACAACUUGAACUUGUGGCUGGUUUUACACUUGCUAUUCUUCAUGAUGUAUUCCAUAAGACCUACAAGCCUGUCCCGGAACAAUUUCCGUACUGGCUUGUGCCUGCUCGAGAGGAUGUUGACAUUCAAAUUUCCAGUGUCUCUGAAAUAAUUGAUUGGGAAACUCUACAUUAUGUCAAAAACAACCCUAAGCUCAUGUGGUCCCCGGAUACAGACCCUGAAUGGUUGCUGACACGAUUCAUCUACGACGAUUGGAAUGGAAAGUAUCGAUAUUUCCCGCUUGCUAUUGAUCCGAAUUUACGACCUUCGGAUCCACCCCCAUCCUACGUGCCAUCCCGAAGGUGGUCCAGUGACAUUUUGAAUUGGUCAUUGAGCUUGAGCAAAAACUCACGCCCAAAGUUUUUUGACCGGUGCAUCUGGGAUCAACCUGUCUUACAGGCAGAAUUGAUAUGUCUUCGGCGGAACUUCCUUGACAGAGCUGCCGAUGAAGACAAGGCUUCCAACUCAAGAUGCGUCAUUUGCCCUCAGCCGUUGGUUGUAUCGCCGAUUCCCCUGUCAGUAGCCGUGACUUGUUUUGUCUUCCCUGCAAUUAUCACUCGAAUGGAGUCCUACUUGAUUGCUCAGGAGGGGUGCACAAUGUUGGGACUUGAUGAUAUUAAGCUGGAGUAUGCACUGGAGGCGUUUACCAAAGAUUCCGACAACACAGAAGAGCAUCGGAGUCAACAGAUUCACGUUCAACGAGGAAUGGGUAAGAAUUAUGAACGCCUUGAGCUGCUAGGGGACUCUGUUCUCAAAAUGGCCACCUCAAUCUCGCUCUUUGCUCAGAAUCCUGAAGAUGAUGAGUACGACUACCACGUCAACAGAAUGUGUCUCAUCUGCAACAAGAACUUAUUUAAAAACGCGACUGAAGUGAAAUUAUAUGAGUACAUACGCAGUCGCGGGUUCUCUCGGCAUUUGUGGUAUCCACCGGGCCUUUCCCUGGAGUAUGGCCGGGAUCAUGCCAAGUUCUUUGCCAGCGAAGGAAGACAUGCCUUGGCCGAGAAGACCAUAGCAGAUGUCUGUGAGGCAUUGAUAGGAGCCUCGCUGCUCUCGGGAGGCAUAGACAAUCGUUUUGAUAGGGCCAUAAAGGCUGUGACCAUCUUUGUUAACAGUCCGAGCCACACGGCAACCUCAUGGAAGGACUACAUUUCUGCAUACUCCAUCCCAUCGUACCAGUCCAGGGCGUCCGAUGGAUUCGAAAAGAACCUGGCCGAGCUGAUCUUCAAGAGAUUAGGUUACAAAUUCAGAUACCCCCGUCUGUUGCGAUCAGCCUUUACGCACCCUUCUUAUCCACUCGCCUGGGCCAAGGUUCCGUGUUAUCAGCGGCUUGAAUUCUUGGGUGAUGCGCUCCUGGAUAUGGUGUGUGUGGAACAUCUGUUUCAUCGCUUCCCUGAUCGAGAUCCACAGUGGUUGACUGAACACAAGAUGGCUAUGGUAUCCAACAAGUUCCUCGGUGCUUUGGCUGUCAAACUGGAGCUUCAUGGUCAUCUCCAGCAUUUCAGUAAUCCAAUCAUGAUUCAAAACAACAAAUACAUAAAUGAGAUACAGCUUGCUGAGAGUGAAAGUAAAGGAGAGGUGGACUAUUGGCUGUCGACAUCCGAUUCUCCAAAGUGCCUUCCAGACAUGCUCGAAGCCUAUCUUGGGGCCAUAUUUGUUGAUUCAGGCUUCGAUUUCACAGUGAUUGAGGCGUUCUUUGAAAAACAUAUCCUGCCUUUCUUUCGGGAUAUGUCCAUCUAUGACACGUUUGCAAACAGACAUCCAACGACAUUCCUCCAUGCCCAGAUGGAUCAGAAAUAUCGGUGCAGCGAUUACUGCUUGAAGUCUGGAGAAGUUCCUACUGUGGAUGGAGAAGUUCCUACGGUGUUUGCGGCGGUUAUGGUGCACAAUCAAUCCAUCGCCCACGCAGUUGCAUCUUCAAGCCGGUAUGCGAAGGUAAGGGCUAGCACCAGGGCAUUGGCUGUGAUAGAUGGAAUGUCAUUGUCUGAGUUCCGGGAGAAAUAUCACUGCGAUUGUCAAGAUGGACAGGCUGACGAGGAUGGCGCGAAUAUCGGAACCGCAGUUUGA